AUGAUCCUGUUAUGGGUUACACUGCUUGUUCUUCAUCAAGGACAUACUCUGGUUCCAGUUACUACAGUUGAACUUGGUGAACCUGUGAACUUAACGUGUGCUCUGCCUGACACUGAGCCCAGUCGCCGAAAGAUCUGCUGGUACAGACAGAGAGCCGGAGAGACUCUGAAAUUAAUUGUGACACUGUGGCUACGUAACCAACCUGUGUAUGCACCAGAGUUUCCUAACACAACAUUGGUGGUGAACAAUGAAGAAACCUCCUGCAAUCUGACCAUUCAUAUGACGGUCGAACAGGAUGAGGGAAUGUAUCACUGUGCUAUCGUGGACUGGAUGAUGGAUCCUCAAUGGAGUGGGGUGUACUUGUUAGUUAAAGGAAACACUCAGAGGACAUCAGAUUAUAUCGUUGAUCAAUCGCUAACAAUAUCUGGUCCGGAUUAUCCAGAAGACCUGAUGACUCUCCAGUGUUCAAUCCUCUCUGACUCUGAGAAUAAAAUGUGUUCAGGAGAUCACAGUGUGUUCUGGUUCAGAGCCGGACCACAUAGAUCUCACCCAGACGUCAUCUUCAGUGAUGGAAAAAGACGUGUUGAUUGCGAGAGGAGAUCUGACACUCAGAGGAGUUGUGUUUAUCGCUACUUGAGGAGCUUCAGCUCCCAUGAAGUCGGGAUGUACUACUGCGCUGUGGCCACAUGUGGAGAGAUAUUCUUUGGAGAUAUAACAAAACUGGAAAUCGUGCAAAGGCCAAGUUUUGAAUAUAUUGCACUGGUGAUAACAGCUCUCUGCUUGGGCGUCUCUAUAAUUGGAAAUAUUGUUUUAAUCUGUUGCCAAAAUUCAAGAUCAGUGUGUUCACAAUUUAAAGGAAUAGACAGCGGUGCUUCACAAACAAGAAAUGAUAACUUGAGCCAACUAGUCCAUGCUACUGAAGGUGGAGCUGAUCUGAACUACACUGCGUUGCAUUUCUCUGGAAACAAAGCUACGAGAGGAAGAAAGAAGAAAGAGCUGAAGACUGAAGAAAGUGUCUAUUCUCAAGUUAAAUGCUAAAUGUGAAUGUCAUUAUGAAAACCUUCAGGUCAGUUUAUAGUACUGACCUCUUACAGUGUAAAUCAAUAAUUAAAUGUGAUAGGUUCCCUUCUGACUUUGUUGACAGUGAACUGUAGACAUGUGCUCUUAAUUUUUCAUAUUUUACCAUUUUUUACCUUGCAUUUUAAAAAAAUAUUUUAAUUGU